AUGGCAACCCCAGCGGAACAAGCAGCUGCCGAGAAGACCCUCGGAAACGACUUCUAUAAGGCCAAGAACUUUGCUCAGGCCCAUGAGCACUACGACAAGGCCAUCGAGCUCGAUCCUUCCAACAUCACCUUCUACACCAACAAGGCCGCCUGCUACUUUGAGGAGCAGAAGUUUGACGAGUGCAUCGAGCUCUGCAAGAAGGCCGUGGAAAUCGGACGCGACAACCGUGCCGACUACACGCUGAUCGCGAAGGCGAUGGCCAGGGCCGCAAAUGCGUACCUGAAGAAGGGCGAGAAGAAGGAGGCUCUAACCUGGUUCCAAAAGUCGCUCUCCGAACACCGCGACCAGGACCUCGUCAAGAAGGCCAAGACGCUCGAGAAUCAGAUCAAGGACGAGGAAAAGCGCGCCUACAUUAACCCGGAGUUGGCCGAUGAGGAGAAAAAGAAGGGUAACGAGCUCUUCAAGAAGGGCGACUACCCGUCGGCGAUGAAGCACUACAAUGAGGCGGUCAAGCGCGAUCCGGAUAACGCUGUGCUCUACUCGAACCGCGCCGCCUGUUUGACGAAGCUGAUGGAUUUCCAGCGUGCUCUCGAUGACUGCGACCAGUGCAUCCGCAAGGACAAGACCUUCAUCAAGGGCUACAUCCGAAAGGGUGCCUGCCUGAUCGCGAUGCGGGAGUACUCGCGUGCCCAGGACGUCUACCACCAAGCGCUCAGCAUUGACCCGUCGAACGCUGAAGCCAAGCAGGGCAUCCGCCAGUGCCUGGAGAACGAGCCGGCCUCUGCCGGAAGCUCGGACGGCGUUCGCGAGCGCGCCAUGAAGGACCCGGAGGUUAUGGAGAUUCUGCAGGACCCGGGCAUGCGCCUCAUCCUCGAGCAGAUGAGCCAGGACCCCGGUGCCAUCCGCGAGCACCUCGCCAACCCGGAGGUCGCCAAGAAGAUCAUGAAGCUCCGCUCAGCCGGUGUCGUCCAGAUGCGU